CACCAGCCAAAGUUACAUAAACAUACACUUUUCUUUAUCAAGAGAGCACGGUACAGACAGCGUCUCUUGGUAUAAUCAAUCAUUGAAUCGUUAUUUCUCUAUUUGUACUAAUUAUCCUACAACAAAUAUCAAUUAUCCUGUAUUUUCAACGUGAUGUCUAAGAAGGAAUCAUCGUCAACCAGAUUCAAGUUCUUUUCUGGGGCUAUAGGAUCUGUAUUCGAUAAGUCUCGACGCAAGACUGCUGCUGGUGAUGGUGGUGAUGUCGAGUCUGGAAAAACAGACAAGGCGGCGUAUACUCGCAGACGCGAACAAAUCAGACGCGCACAGAGGUAUAAUAAUAACAAACCAGAUCCACCCAAUAACUCAAUCCAUUGCAUUCUAUCUGACUGGGAUAUUAGAAAACACCGCGAGAGGAAAGAAGUGUACAUGAAGUCUCUAGAGGACCGAAUUCUCGACCUCCAUGACGAUGUGGCACUCAGGCAGGAAUUCCAAGACGCGAGUAUCGAAAACUCAAUCUUGAAAGAUAUCUUGAAAACACACAACAUCAACAUCCCGACUCUAUCUCCAGCAUCUCAGCAGGGAAAUACAGCUAUCAUGCAGCUCAGAUUUGGUCAGUUAGGGGCAGGUGAACUGCAAAACGCGCUUUCACUUCCUCUAGGAACAUCGGGAGAAUCCCCUUCAGAAACUUUGGGGAAAACUCCUUCUGCGACCGCUGGAUCACCAAAAGUCCACCCUCACGGACUAGAUAGUAUUCAAACAGGGAUAGAUUUUGUCUUACAACUUGAAAAACCGUGUCUGGAGCACACCAUGCUUCCCAUUCAAGCGGGUGAAUCACAUGGUCACGCAUUGACUUUACAAGCGUCACUUCUCUGUCAUGCACCACAUUUCGGUGCAGAAAGCUCAUGGGCAGUACCGGCUGUUGAAUUCGAAAAAUUGUUCCAGCUAUCAAAAAGACUGGAUCUCGACGGAGAAAUCACACCAGUGCAGGCGUGGAAUUGCAUCAAAUCGCACGACCGUUUCCAGAAUCUUACUCCCGCUAGCCUGGGAGCAUUGCGGGAUUCGAUAGCUACGAAAAUUAGUUGCUUCGGUUUUGGUGCUGUCAUCGAAGAGUUGGACCUCUCUGAUAUAAUAGACGCGCAUUUAGCAAAGUGAAUAUCGCAAGAUUGAGCACCGCCACGUAAAUGCCAAAAAUAAAGUCUUUGGCUUCCUUUUGCAACCACAUAUACGGUCCAAGCCUGGGGAAAAGUCAAAAGUGUUUAGAACGACCUGUGACUAGAUAUCUCAUCGAGCGCCUGUUUAGCACCGGAGAGAAGAUAGGCUUGUCUUUGGCCAUGAAUUUAGCUUAUAACCUCGACGAAGAAAAUAAACUCGGAGACAUAUUAGGGAAUAAAAAUUAACUGACACUGAAAGGAUAUUAUGCUUGUUAUAGCUCUAAUGAAUAUAUAGCCCUAUUAUAGGCAGACACAUAUACCAGCUGGCAUAAAUAGUAUUUAGACUAGCGUUGGAAAGGCCUUCUUCC